CUAUUCAACGCACUGCUCUAGUACGCGGCAUGGUCGAAAGGGCUGAGAUAAAAACACGCGUUUCAUCUUAUGCUAACUCAACCUCUGUCGAGCUCAAUGCGCGCGGUCUUCGUAUACGCAGCUGCAGAGCAACGAUCAGUGCGGCGAGCCCUGUACUUAUCCUUAACUAUCCGGUAUGCUCCGAGGUUGUUUGACGGCGGCGGAAUUCGGAAUCUGUUCUAUCCUCAUGAUCAUCCUCUGCUUAGAUGCUUAUGGUGCUAUGCUUUACCUUCCAUAAAUCGCCGAAGCUCGUGGAAGGGCUGAAACUCGCGCCCAUGCCUCGAACUGGGAAGACCGAUCUGGUCUUCCACAUCUCAUGACCGUCUUGCGCCGUCUUACGAGCAACACGACACGGUACAAUUACGAAAGUCAGAUGGCAAACUCUCAGAUAACCUUGCGCUAUCUGUUUCGACGCUGGUCUGACAUGAUCCUUGGGGCUCAUCCUGAACCUUCUGUAUUACGGUAAAACAUCCUCAGACAGAGCACUUCGGGGCUUCUCAGGUAUAUGGGGUCUGAACGCGAAGAUGACGGUGACGAGCAUGUGAACAAAACAAUGCAAUCGUAAUGAUUGUCACGAUUUCACACAAGACUUAUUUCGUGAUGCCGACAAUGAAGACUCGAUGUGCCUCCUUUGUUUCCCGCGCAGAGAGCUUCGAGAAGCAACGUCACAAUAAGGCCGUUGAAUUGUCAUCUUGAGUUUGCCUUCAUGUCUACCCAAUCCUGAAAUCGCAGUCGGCUGUUCGUUCACGAACCUUUACUGAUUCAAGCUCGAAAUACAGGAGUGUUAGCUGCAUCCGCCAAAAGGGCGUGGCUCGAUUCCUUCAAAAUACGUGCAUCAUGCAGCUACUUCCGCUCCCCAUAGUCCGUCAGUUGACUGCACCACGUUCGACAGGAUUGGGUACCGGCGUUACUACUGCAUCCAAUGCCCGCCGGCCUCGAAGAAUUUCGACUCCCCACACAUAGCAGUGCCCCGACUCGAGCAAUGCAUCCUCAGCAAUAUCGUCUACGAUUCCUCCUGGACUUGACUAAACUUCUUAUAGUACCUCAGCUCCUGUUCUUCAUCAUCCUCUAUGCUAUUCGAGCCAAUUACAACCUACGAUACCUUUGGCAGAAGAUCGUUUUACACCUCCUAGUCGUCCUCUUCGCCGGUCUUUUGAAAGUGUGGUGGUCCGAUCUGCAUGACAAGAGGAAUGCUGCCUCCCUUGGGGCGGAACCGAUUCCAUGCGUUCGCGGUAAAUGGCCUGGAAAUCUGGAUGUCGGCAUGCGCCUCAUUAGCUCUAUGAACGACGACUACAUCAUGCAAUACUUCGCAGAAUUGUUCGAUGAGUACGGCGUCAACACGUUGAACACUCGCGUUCUUUGGGCGGACCAAAUCAUCACGAGAGACGAACAGAUCAUGAAGUACAUGUUGACAGGUGCGGGUUUCGAAAAAUUUCACAAAGGUCCCUAUUUUCAAGAGCAAUUCGAAACCUUCAUUGGAAACGGCAUCUUCAACAGGGAUGGAGCUGAGUGGCAAGCUCACCGCCAACUUGCCCGCCCAUGGUUCGCCAAAGACCGUAUCUCCGACCUCAACCUCUUCGAGAAGCAUACCACCCACACCCUCGAUAUGAUCGCUUCCCUUCCUCCCAAAAUAAUGCCAGGAUCCGUGGAAGUAGGACCCCAAGCUUUCGACGCGCAGGACCUCUUUUCUUGCUUCACACUCGAUACGGCCUCCGAAUUUCUUUUUAGGAAGGUUCGCUCGACAUUGGAUAAGCCGAUGGAGAAUCAACGGAACUCUGCGGGUCCCAAUGACAAGAAUGGACUUGAUGAGGACCGGUUCGCAGCCUUUGAACAGGCGUUGCAGGACCUACAAGAGCGCGUCACCCGCCGAAAUUGGAUAGGCAGCAUGUGGCCUCUGUUUGAACUCUUCCGAGACGGGACGGCGAGGUCAAGUGCCGUUGUGCAUGAUUUUCUUAGACCGUUGGUGGAUGAGGCAUUGAAGUUGAAGGCGGACCGUUCAGCUACCCUUGGACACGUCAAGGUACAAGACGACCUGAUGUCUGCUCCGGAGGAUACAUUCUUGCAGCAUCUGGUCGAGAGUACCGACGAUUCCGAAACCAUCAAGUUUGAAGUAAUCUCAAUGCUCAUUGCUGCACGGGAUACGACCGCAAGCCUACUCACAUCCGGGCUUUACUUUCUGUGCAUACAUCCCGAGGUUACGGCACGCCUCCGUCAGGAAAUCGUGGACGAGUACGGCAGCAAUGGAAUCCCCACCCUCGAACGAACGCAGAACCUUCCUUACUUACGUGCUGUAAUUGAGGAGAGUCUCCGUCUAUUUCCUCCCGUCGCUAUCAAUUUGCGCUACUCAACCGCCUCCCCGCAGGCAUUGCCACCUAGCGUGUCCAGAGAUGUGCACGGCGUUGAUAUACUCGGCCCACGAUAUUAUGUCCCGCCGAACACGCUCAUAUUGUACAACAUACUUCUCAUUCAAAGGCGGAAAGAUCUCUGGGGAGAAGAUGCAGAGGUAUUCAGGCCGGAGAGGUGGUUGGGGCCUGCAUCAGCUUGUGACCAGGAUGGAGCUGACAUGCAGAUUGGAGAUGGGGCGAGAAGACUAGCCAAAAACCCAGCUAUAUUUGCACCGUUCCACAUGGGCGCGAGACUCUGUCUUGGCCAGAACCUCGCGUAUAACGAAGUGUCGUACUUCCUCAUCCGGCUCCUGCAGCGCUUCGAAUCAUUCGAGCUCGCUGAAGACGCCAUGCCCGCGGAAUCAAUGCCUCCGCCUGACUGGAAGCUUGGUGACAAAAAAAGGAUGGGCCGGAGAGCUAUUGAGCGUGUGUGGCCCAAAACUCGGGUGACGACCUAUAUAAGCGGUGGGUUGUGGGUUCGGGCUCAUCCUGCCUCCACCUAGACUCGUAGCGAGGAGAGCGGUUCCUGUAGGGUAUACUCGUCCAUAUUUCUUCGUAUAUGUGAGCCCAUGGUCUCAAUAUGACUCCAUAAGUAUGUGGCCUCACGCCGUUCAGCACAGAUCGUUGCCGGCUGGGUAGCUGCUGGUAGACCUCACAAACGAUGAGGGUAUGACAGUACAAUACAGUUUG